GAAGUUGGUGGUACGCUCCGUGCACUGGAAGAUGCACUUUCAGAAGUUCAAAGAGUUAAUACUAGAGCACAAAGUGCCCUUGAUCUCAAGAAGCAAAACUUAAAAAGUGAACAGAAUAAGUACGAAGAACUGGUAAAAGGUAUGCAGGAGGAUUCUAAAGCAUUAGUGUUAAAGGAAAAAGAAAUAAAGAAGAUAGAGGAAGAACUAAGUGCUUUACAGGAAGCAAGUGAAAAAGAUGCAGAUGCUUUAGCUGCAGCACAACAGUAUUUUAAUGCUGUGUCUGCUGGCUUGUCCAGCAAUGACGAUGGGGAAGAAGCUACUCUUGCUGAGCAGAUGAUGGCCUGCAAAAAUGAAAUCAGCAAAGCAGUCACAGAGGCUAAACAGGCUCAAAUGAAGUUGAAUUAUGCACAACAAGAAUUAAAGACAAAAGAAGCUGAAGUUAAAAAGGUGGAUGCAGGCUACAAGAAAGACCAAGCAGCACUUGAAGCUCUCAGAAAAAUUAAAGAAAAACUGGAGAACCAAAUGAAGGAGCUAAACUAUGAAG